CGAUUGUUGGCGGGCGCCGCCAUCUUGGUCAGUGAGCUUGCGAGUGGCUGUGCGAGGAGUUGUACGUAUUUCGGUGAAACAAGCAAUUCGUAAGAUUUCCCUGAAAGCCCUUGUCUACUCGUCAAAUCCACGCGCAUCCAAGAUGUCGGAACGGGAGGACAAUGUUUACAAGGCGAAACUGGCUGAACAAGCUGAACGCUAUGACGAAAUGGUCGAAGCAAUGAAGAAAGUUGCCUCGCUGGACGUAGAGUUAACCGUCGAAGAAAGAAAUCUACUCUCCGUUGCGUAUAAAAAUGUAAUCGGAGCGAGGAGGGCAUCCUGGAGAAUAAUUUCUAGCAUCGAACAAAAGGAGGAAAACAAGGGUGCCGAGGGUAAGCUGGAGAUGAUCCGCCAGUACCGAUCUCAAGUUGAAAAAGAACUCAGGGAUAUUUGUGCGGACAUACUUGGCGUUUUGGACAAUCAUUUGAUACCUUGCGCCUCCACCGGAGAAUCUAAAGUAUUUUACUACAAAAUGAAAGGAGAUUACCAUCGUUACUUGGCCGAGUUUGCGAUCGGCAACGACAGAAAGGAAGCUGCGGAAAAUUCCCUGGUAGCCUACAAAGCGGCAAGCGACAUUGCAAUGACCGAGCUACCACCGACUCAUCCUAUUCGUUUAGGAUUAGCACUUAAUUUCUCCGUCUUCUAUUACGAGAUUUUGAACAGUCCUGACAGAGCGUGUCGCUUAGCAAAGGCCGCCUUUGACGACGCUAUUGCGGAAUUGGAUACUCUUUCCGAAGAGAGUUACAAGGAUUCUACCUUAAUUAUGCAGCUCCUUAGGGACAACCUCACGCUAUGGACGUCGGAUAUGCAAGGGGAUGGAGAAGGAGAGCAAAAGGAGCAACUGCAGGAUGUGGAAGAUCAGGACGUAUCGUAACUCUAGCUGUAGUGAGUGUAAUUUGCGCAUUUAAACUGAGACACAUGAAAAAAAAAAAAAAGCAAAAACUCUUAAUAACUCGUAAGCAAAAGAAAACAAUUCAAGCAGGUGACAGUUUGAAGUGGGAAGGGGAGAGAUCUUUAGCGAUCGCGUGAUUUUAAGCACGCGCAACGUAUGGUUACUCAAAAACAAAAUGAAAAUGAAACUAAAUCGUAUCAUUCGAUCCAGAAACACCACACACACACACACACACACACUUAUAUAAUACACAACAUACACAGGCGUGCGCGCACGCUAACGAACACGCGUACAUAUAUAUAUAUACGUACAUAUACAUAUACAUAUAUAAACGCACACAGAGACGCGCAUAAAAAUACAUACAUCGAGUUACGGUGCACAGCAGAGAAUUGUUGGAAGAAAUAAGUUAAUAAAAGAAAAAAAAGGAAAAAAAAAUAUACACAGGCACCUUUGGGUGGUGGUUACCAACGCGACUGGAAAGGGGUGAGAGAGAGAGAGAGUGAGUAUGGGGUGRGUGCGUGCGAUUGUACGUUCGUGUGGGUGUGCGUGUAUCUACGUACUUACGUACGUAUCUAUGCGUGCGCAUGCAUGUGAGAAAAAAAAAAGAAAAAAGAAAGAAAGAAAAUACCGACUAAAUCACAUAUACAUAGGGUGUUUUACUUGGCCCCUUUAUUACUCGAUCAAAAUUAAAACAUGAUUUACGAAUGUCGUUGAAAAUAAGCGCGUUCUCUUCAACAGAUUGAGCGGAAUAUAAUAAUAAUAAUAAUAAUAAUAAUAAUAAUAAUAAUAAUAAUAAUAAUACUUAAUUAAAGGUGACAAUGUUGAAAUGAAAAUAGUGCGUGCGCGUGUUGUUGGUUUGUACGGCUCUCAUUUUAACGGUAUUAUUCACACAUGGGACGAGCAAGCGCAUCAGAAGAAGAAGAAGAAGAAGAAGAUCAACAACAACAACAACAGCAGAAGAGCAACAACAACACAACAAGAAGUUAAUAAGAAGAUGAAGAAGAAGAAGAAGAAGGAGAAGAAAAGUUCGUCGUGUUUGUCCCAUUCCUAUUGUGUAUACUCUAUUCAUUUUACAAUAGAAAAAAAGCAAACGGCAAUCGAGCGUACAAUGUGUUCGAUUAUUCGUUCGAUUGUACAUUCGUUUAUUCGUUCGCGUAUUACCCCGGCCCUAAUCUCCUCCUCGUCCUCUUUCCCCGCUUUUUUACUGCGCGCAUGAUCGUCUCGCAUGCCAUGAUAAUAAAACGGUGUUAUAAAGUCUAUACGCGUAAAUUGAGCGUACAAUGAUCACUAUAUGUAUACAUGUAUGUGCGUGCGUGCGUGCGUGCGUGCGUAUGUGCGUGCCGUGCGUCUAAUAUGUAUGUAUAUGCAUGUAUAUGUAUAUAUAUAUAUAUAAUAUGGAGAAGCUUAAACACACAGGAACCAACCUUUCUCUUGAAAAAAGCAAGCGCGAGAGAGAGAGAGAGAGUGGGAGGGAGGGAGGGAGAGAGGUAGAGAGAGAGUAAGAGAGAAAAAUCAAUCGCGUCGUCGUCGUUCCUCCGUGUGAAACCGACGACGACGACGACGACGACGACAUCAUCAUCGGCAACAAUAAGAGGAAGGAAAACAGAAAAGACAAAAAUAACAAAAUAAUAAUUAAUAAUAAUUAUAAUAAUAAUAAUUAUAAUUAUAAUUAUAAUAAUAGUAAUAGUAAUAAAAAACGAGACCAAGAGUCACGCAUUCCGUGAAUAGAAAAUUCUUUUACCGAAGCUUAAGAUUUCCUUUUUUUCAUCGCCGUCUAAGAGAAGAGCGCGCGCUUGUUAAAAGAAAGCAAAUGAGAGAGAGAGAGAGAGAGAAGAAAAAAAUAGAAUAAUCAUCUUUAUCUAUGAUGGCAGCGACAGCAACAAGAAGGAAGGAAGGUAGCCUCUCCCAAGAAUGAGUAAAUAAUGAAAUAAAUAAAUAAAUAAAUGAAAUAGUCGAUGCAAUAAAGACGCCCAUUCAACUUAAAUAAUGGCUUUUUUCUCGAGAGCAAACUUUAUCGUCUAAUAAUAAAAUAUUAUAAAUAAUAAUCUUCGAAAGAAACUAUAAGUAUUAUUAUAUCGAAUUUUAAUAUCAGACUUUUCAUUGUAACUGCCUUUUUACGCUUCUCCGAGACAAAAGGGGGGGCAGAGAGAGAGAGAGAGAGAGAGGAGGAGGCGUUUGCGCAUAUUUAGGUCAAGGAGAAGCGUUGGAGAAAAAAGAAAACAAAGAAAAAA